AUGACCACUUUUCAAUCAUUUCCGCGACUUCCUCUGGAGCUCCGAGAGCAAAUCUGGAAGGACACCGUCGAACCGCGCACCGUCGACGUCCGGCGUGUUCGAGAGGGAACUCAACGCUAUGGCCAGCUGGUCUCGUCUACGCCAAUACCAGCCAUACUACAGUCCUGCCGGGAAGCCCGAAACCUUGGACUUUACGAGCGAGUCUUCUUUGAGGUUGCCGCAGUAAAGAAAUUCAAAGGCAACAACGCGCCCGAGAUCGCCAUUGAGAGAUUCUUCAUGCCCGAUGAGCAGGGAGAAGAAGGGCCCAAGAAAAUAGGCUUCCCCGACACCGAGCAGCGCUAUGUCUGGUUGAAUCUCGACAUUGAUAUGGUGGACAUCGGGGCUUCUCAGUUCUGCAAUUACAAAUUGAUCGCAUCAGCAGUCAAGCGUCUCAAGUUUGAGCGAGAGAACGGGGAUGAAUACUUCUACCAUACUGAAUCAAAUGAACUCAUGGAGUUUGUUAACGUGCAAGAGAUUCACAUAGUCUGCGCAGAUGGUUUCUGGAUGUGGGCUGGGACUAUAUGUAACCAUGCCUGGCCCUGCGCCGAAGAAAAGCUGGUGUUCAUUGACGCAUUGGAUGGUCGAGUUGCGCGUGGCAUUGAAUUCGAAACCGUAUGUAGACAGAUGCUAAAGGACGCUCGGCUAGAAGCUACUGGUGAAGCAUAUUCUAGUGACGAUGAGUCUUGA